UACACAGAGUAGGCAGCCACGUUGACAGUGGGGAGUAAUCUUAAUGAUUUAAACUGUAAACUGGAGCUUUACUGAUAAUAACAGUGUGAUUGAUUUGAUCUUAUCAGGGAGCUGUAAAGAAAACAGAAUGAGUGUUGGCUUCAUUGGAGCAGGUCAGUUGGCCCAUGCCUUGGUGAAGGGCCUCACUGCUGCAGGUGUAAUUGCAGCUCACCGGAUCACGGCCAGCUCCCCAGAUACAGAUCUACCAACAGUGUCCGGACUCAGGAAAAUGGGGGUGAACUUUACAACCAGCAAUAAGGAAACGGCCAACAAGAGCGAUGUUCUUUUUCUGGCCGUCAAGCCUCACAUCAUCCCGUUUGUCCUGGAUGAAAUCGGACCAGAUAUUGAGGACAGGCACCUGAUCAUUUCCUGUGCUGCUGGAGUCACCAUCAGCUCCAUUGAGAAGAAAUUACUGCAGUACCGCACUGACCCCAAGGUGAUCCGCUGCAUGACCAACACCCCGGUGGUGGUGCGAGAGGGUGCCACGGUGUACGCCACAGGUACACACGCUGAGGUGGAGGACGGGAAGCUCCUGGAGCAGCUGAUGGCCAGUGUGGGAUUCUGUACAGAGGUGGAGGAGGAUCUGAUCGAUGCCGUAACAGGACUCAGUGGCAGUGGGCCGGCUUACGCAUUUACAGCUCUUGAUGCUCUUGCUGAUGGUGGGGUGAAGAUGGGUCUGCCCAGAAGACUGGCUGUGAGACUAGGAGCACAGGCCUUGCUGGGUGCUGCUAAGAUGCUGCUGGACUCUGAGCAACAUCCAGGCCAGUUAAAGGACAAUGUGUGUUCACCAGGUGGCGCCACCAUCCACGCCCUGCACUUUCUGGAGAGCGGAGGCUUCCGAAGCCUGCUUAUCAACGCAGUGGAGGCAUCAUGUAUCAGGACAAAGGAGCUGCAGUUCUUGGCUGAUCAGGAGAAGAUUUCCCCCGCUGCCAUUAAGAAAACCACACUGGACAAGGUUAUGCAGCAACCUGGUGUCACUGCCAACACAGUGGGCACCAAUAGCAGAGUCAACCUUUUUAACAACCGGAGUGGAAUUAAGAAAUAAGAAAAUGAAAAAACAUCUCUCUCACUCUCACACACACACACAAACAAAGAUUUGCAUCUUUCGCCAGAUGUUGUUCAAGCUAUUCUGAUACAUUUAAUAGGUGGGUGUGAUAUCUGUACACACAUAAACACACACAUGUAUGACAGAAGUGCAUUUCCAGCAUGUUGGCUGUCGCCUCAUGCUUCUCUACAGCAGCAGACAGUUAACUCUCUCAGGUUCAGCAUCAGAUGUUACAAGCAGCAAAUGCUACAUGGGAAAGUACCUUUAAAUUGUAAAAAAAUUUUUUUGCAUAUUUGUUAUAUUAAAACAGAAUUUGUUUAAAUCUGUUUAACACCCAAAACCAUCAGCAUUGUAUGUAAUCAGGCAUGAUUCUAAUUAUAAAUUUUUUUUCUAUUUUUCUUUUUAUAAGCAUUAAAUACAAAUGGAUAACAAAUUACAGGAACUUAACUCAGUGUGUUUUAGUAAGAUACUGGCCUGCCACAAGCUGCCAGAUCAGCUUUAAUGCACUUUGUUAUAGAUUUAAUGGGUUUGAUGUUGGUUUUGAAGAGUGCUUCAGUCCAAAAGCUAUUUACAUUUCGAUUUACAUUAUUUUUAUUCUGUCUGCUCGCUCCCUGUGAAAGAGGCAUUGGCAUCCUAGAAAAAAGAACUACUUCCAUCAUGAUCGUAAUGCUUCAUAAUAUUAUUCAGGUGACUCAUUUUUAUUAAUUUGCAAUGAAUUUUUACUAAGUGGACCCAAAACAUGCCACCAGAAUGCCACUCUACCUCUUCAGUAAAGGGAGCAAGCAAAAAAAAGCAUGUAGAAUUUUCUAGUAGGCCAAGCAUUUAUUUUGUUUUAAAAACAGCCCCUGGCAACCUAAACCCCAGUGAAGAACCUCUUUCAAUUUGAAGGCAGGAGGAUCCCCUUGGCAGGAUGUUGUUAACUGUGUAAUGCAGAUCCAGUGUCUAUAAGAAAAAAAAAACUGCCCCUGUUGAACACGCCUGCAGUCAGCAAGAAUUUACUGUAAUAUUUUAUCAUCUGUAGAAGGAAGUACAGAUGCAAAAUACCAGACGUUAGUGGUCGUUUUUGCAAUGUCAUGUCUGCUCUGUCAGCACAGUACCAAUAUACAGUAUAAAGCAUAUUCAGUGCUAAAAACAUUUACUAUUAUAUACUUACUGUAUUGAAAGCAAAUUGCUUUAUAUGUAAAGUCACUUUAAAUAAACAUUUUGUGCUGUUUGUU